AUGCCUGAAAGAGUGCACAACUUCCAGGGUCAAAACUUUUAUAAGCUGAGGCGGGCCUGCUUGCGUCGAGGUGCCCUCUUCAAGGACCCGUUGUUCCCCGCCACUGCCGAGUCCCUCUUCUACAAGAGGGAGGCCCCGGAGGGUCUGAGCUGGAAGAGGCCGAGGGAGAUAUGUAAGGACCCCCGUCUGUUUGUCGAUGGCAUCAGCACUCGUGACUUGCACCAGGGCAGUCUGGGUAACUGCUGGAUGGUGGCAGCUAUUUCCUGCUUGGCGUCUGAGCCAUCUCUGUGGAAGAAGGUGAUCCCAGACCACGUGGACCAGGAGUGGAAUCCAAAGCAUCCUGGCCUGUACGCCGGAAUCUUCCACUUCCGGUUCUGGAGACUUGGCCGCUGGAUGGAUGUCGUCGUGGACGACCGUCUGCCAGUCAGCGGGGACGGAGUGCUGCUCUUCUGCCGCUCGGCCACACCGCGAGAGUUUUGGAGCGCUCUGUUGGAAAAGGCCUACGCCAAGCUAAACGGCUGCUACGAGGCCCUGGAGGGCGGAAACACCACAGAGGCACUGAUCGACUUCACCGGCGGAGUUUCGGAGCCCCUCAGCCUGGACCGGGAGGCCCUCAGCCUGCACAGUGACCAGAGGAGGGCAUUCUUUCAGAUAUUAGCCAAGGCUCAUGAACGUAAAGCCCUCAUCACCUGCUCCAUACGGCCAGCAGAAGGGGAGACAGUGGAGUCGGUGUUGGACUGUGGCCUGGUGCGAGGACACGCCUACGGGAUCACAGCAGUGAAGAAGGUGCGGUUGGGGGACAAGCAGCCGAAGACGGACUGGAUGUCCCGACUCUUCAUGGUGCGCAUGAGGAACCCGUGGGGGACCACAGACUGGACGGGUGCCUGGAGUCAGAGGUCGCAGCAGUGGCAACAGAUGAGUCGGGCAGAGAGGGAGAAGCUGGGCCUCAUUGUGCGGGAUGUUGGGGAGUUCUGGAUGGAUUUCAAGGAUUUCUGCCGCUACUUCACAGACGUGGUGGUGUGCUGGCUGGUGGAGAGGGCUCUGCUGUGGCCCAGCUCUCACUGGAGGGAGGUGCACCGCUAUGGGGAGUGGGCUCCAGCUCCCAAUUCACCAGCAACGCCUACAUCCAUCGUCCUCCACAGCAGCCACGCCACGCUGAGCUUGGGGAAGAACAACACCAAACCCGGAGGGACCAAGCAGCGAGGUAACCGGAAGGAGGCCAGACUCGGGGAGAGUCAGCAGAACGGAGAGAGAGGAGGAAGGUGUGUGCGAGAUAUGAAAAAAGUGACAAAGGAAGAGGAUGACGGAGAGGUGGGAGGAUGGGAGGCUCAGGUGGACAAGAGGAGUCGAUGCGGAGGAUGCAUCAACCACAGAGACACUUUCCUGCACAAUCCACAGUUCAUGUUUGAGGUGAGAGGCAACGAGGAGGAGGUGCUGAUCUGUCUGCAGCAGGAGGACAGGAGGGUACGGAGGAAAAAUGGAGGAGGUGAAAACCUGCCUAUUGGCUUUGAGGUGCUGAAGGUGGAGGUGAACCGCUGCAGCCGGGUGCAGUGUGUGGUGGAGCAGGCGGCCAGUUCCGUCUACAUGGACUCCCGCAGCGUGACGCUCAGAGGGUCUCUGACUUCAGGACGCUACGUUGUGCUGCCCACCACCUUCCUGCCGGGCGCCACAGGACGCUUCCUCCUUCGCCUCUUCUCCCACUCCCACAUCAAACUCAGGGAACUGAGGGAGGACUUGCCGUCUCCCUCUGUCUUCCAUUGUUUUCUACCUCAACCCACAGUGGUGACCACGGUCUACCUCCGCAGGGCGUCAGGACUCAGCCCUCCCAAACAGACAGCUCCAGAUGUUUACGCUGUAGUGCGCUGUGAGAACGACACUGUAAGGACGCAGGUUUUCAAGGCCGAUGGAAACCCUGAGUUCAACCUCAGAGCCGUCUUCUACAGGAGAUACCCUAGCACACACAUCUCUGUUGAGCUGUGGAGCAGAGGGCGGCUGUGGGACUCGGUGCUCGGCGGCGCUCGCCUCCAGACGGCAGAAUCUGAGAGGAGUCGAAGUCAUGUGCUCGAUCUGCAAGGCGGCCAAUCACGCUCAGCAUACCGAGGGUGUGUCUACCUUGAGACGUCCUCCAGCGGCUGUCUCACAGACUUGUGACAGCAUCAUCCGGUUACUCCGGUCCACACAUCAGACAUGGCAGCCACCUUCCUCUCAGGGGGAACAGAAGUUUUGAUGAACUAAUGAAAAAAAAACUUUGAAAAAGACUGAAUUAAGCAACAAUGGUGCUAUAGUUAAUUAUAGAUGUUGUGUUUCAAUAUAUACUGUGUUUGUGAUCUGCUGGUCAGACUUGAAGAUGAGCAUAAUUUAUGACUUCAGCAGUCAAUCAUCAGACAAAUUGAUACUGCUGCCAAAAUAAGUUAUUAUUAUUAUUAUUAUUAUUAUUAUUAGAAUUUUGUUGUCAGAUGUGGGUUUUUUUUGCUGUUGCUGAUGAUUUUUACGGUUAUUUUUGUUGU